UUCUGUGUCUACAUUCCAAUUCCAUUUUGUGAGCGUUUUUGCGUUUUACAGCGUUUUGUGUGUGUUGCUGUGAAGUGUUGUGUGGAUUAUUUCCUCUUUCAUAUCGAUUUGCAAGCGGAAAGUAAUUCAGUAGAAUCGUAAUUUAAAUCAAGAAAAAUUAAACGAAGAAGGGUGCAGUGUCCUAGGCAGUUUAUCAUAAUGAGUGAACCAAUGAAACAUUUCGAAGUACACUCUGACCCGACCUUAUCAAACGUUGGCGUAGCACGGGUUGUUGAUGUGCAAGCUCCGAUGUUUAGAAACGCCGUGCCGUCUCAAUCAACAGCUGUGCUUGUAGGGCCGCCUGUGCUACCGCCAAGACCUGAUAUAGGUGUUCAACCUAGUUAUUCUAUGAAUAGCUAUGGGGGCCUUGGUGGGGCCUACGGAAUGGGUGGUUCUUACGGGAUGGGGGGGUAUAGCAAUUACGGAUAUGGUGGGAUGGGGGGAUACGGAAUGAAUUCUUACGGCAUGGGGGGAAUGGGACCUUACGCCAGUUAUAACAGGUUCCCUCCGUAUGGAGACAUUGAAAAUAGGUUCAUACAACUGGCCGAGGAGCGAUCACGUCCAGCGUUCGACUCCAUACAGAGUGUGGUGAACGCAGUGGGCAGUGUCGCCAUGAUGCUGGAGAACACCUUCUUUGCGCUGACCAGCUCGUUCAGAGCUAUUUUGGGUGUAGCCGAGAACUUUGGCCGUUUGCGCACACUGUUCGCGCAGUUCUGGUCGACGUUCGCCGCGGUGCGAACCCUCAACUGGUUGGUGAGGAAGCUGAUGGUUCUGCUCGGUAUUCGGACUGAGUGCGAGUUUAAGGCAUGGGCAGAAGCAGUAGCCGCCACACAGACCGGUACGGCUACGCCAGAACAAAAGGCGAAGGGCUCCAGUUGGCCGAUACUGCUGUUCUUUGGCGUGAUAGCCGCAGCACCGUAUAUUGUGCUGAAGAUGCUGAACGGCCUGUCUAACAGUAUCCAUGAGAGAUUGCAAGACCCGAACUCAUGGCAGAAUCCGCUCCGUGCGGUCGCCCAACACGACUUCCAAGCGUCCUCUCCUCAAGAGUUAAGCUUCCGUCGCAACCAAGUGCUAACACUAGCACCACAACACUUGCAAGGGCAUCUCUGGAAUUCAGGCUGGCUGAUGGCGACUAUAGAUCGACAAUUCGCCGGCCUCAUCCCAGUCUCGUACAUAAAAGUCAUCAAACCGGCGGAAAAUAAUGAAAAACCAGUGGAAACGCAGAAAAUGGAAGCGCCGAAACCGGAAAAUCAAAAGGUGGAAAGCGAAAAUGUUGAGAAACAAGUCCCGCAACAGGUGUAAAUUGACAGCUGUCAGCGUGGUUGAUGUUGUGUUUUUUUUUCGUUCGAUCGUUGUCUGUGGUUUUGACGUUGUGUCUACUGGUAAAUGUCAAUGUGACAUGGCGCGUAUUUAUCGAUCAAUGUUCGUUUCAAAUGUUCUGUCAUAUUCAAAUAGGUUAAGGCUCUAUGAUAAUCAUUAAUCACAGUAUAAUUAAUCAAUAAUCAGUGGUAAUUGGUGUAUACAACGGUUAAUAAGAUUUUUAACUCAUUUAAAAAAUGAUGAUAAAAAAUAAAUAAGUAAGUACUU